AUGGCGGCGACCGCCGCGUUGGGCUGUCCGCACGUCGCCGCGCCCUCGCGGGCGCGGCGUCCUCCUCGCGUCCGUCCCGCCGACGCCGCCAUCUCGCGAAGACGGACGUCGCACGCGUCGUCGUCCUCCUCGAACGCCGCCGCGACGACGACGACGUCCGGUUGGGACCUGAGCGAUUUCCCCGACGGGAUGAUCCUGUCGCUCGCGAAAGACCUCGAGGCGCGCUGGCGAUCGUUCCCGAACCUGCGCGACGCGCCGUGCCCGUCGGACUUGAAGUCCAUCGACGCGACGUCGGCGAGCGGCGACCCCGCGACGCGGAUGCGAAUCGAGAACCUGUGCCUCCAGACGGAUCUGUUCCGCAAGAUGCACCUCGAGGUGGCCCACGGGCUGGGCGGCAUGGAGGUGUUGCACGUCGUGAUGUACCCGUGGGCGGAGGUCGCCGCGCCGAUAUUCGCCGCGGACGUCGUCGCGUUCGGAGGCAGGGUCACGCUGUGCAUCGCGGACGUCUCCCCGACGGCGUUGGACCUCUCCCUCCCGGAGCAUUACCUCGCCGCCGCGAAGGACGCGAAGGCGGCGAUGUUGUUGCGAUGCCCGGAGAUCGAGCCGCGGCCGCUGCCGGAGUGGGGCGAGAAGAUCUUAUCCCCGGACGCGUGCGUGUGCGUCGGCCCGCCGAAGGAGGACGCGGAGACGAACGCGCAGGCGACCGCGUUCGCGGGGUACGCCAUGGCGCUGCACGACGCGCACGUCGCGUGGGUGUCCGACGAAGCGUUCGACGCGAAUCCGUGGAACGACGUCCACGGCGCCGGCGUCGCGGAACGCCUCGCCGCGCAGGCGAGAUUCUGCAUCGAGCAGCUCCGGAACGAUAAGACGCGGAAGGCGUUGGAGCGGAGCAUGGGGAAGGGGAUGACGGACCGGUACAUGACCGAAGUGCUGUUCGACGUCACGUGCGAAAAAACGCAGCUCGGUCCGGCGCGACGCGUCUACGGACGAACGCCGGAGGAGAAGCUUGAGAAGGAUUUUGAUCCCCCGCGGCCGAUUAGCGAGGCGAGAGAGAUUUACGACGAGAGGGACGAGCGCGAGAAGUACGAGGAGGAGGCGGUCCGCGUGAGACAGGCGAUGGAGGGGGUCAUGCUCGAGAGGGACGACGACGACGACGACGAAGAUUUCGACUCCGAGUUCGAGGACGCAGAACCCGCCGCGCUCGAGGCGGAGGAAGAGGAGGAGGAGGCAUAAGGCGCGUUCCUUCUUACACUGGUCCCCAUACGACCCCGUCGGCGUGGUGAACGCCGUUCCUUAAGGGCAGAGGAAGAGGAGGAGGAGGAGGAAAAGGAAGAGGAGGAAGAGGCGCUCGAGAUGGAGGAAGUGGCGGAGGAAGAGGAAGAGGAGGAAGAGGAGCAGGUGGAAGAGGAGCAGGUGGAAGAGGAGGAACAGGACUUCGCGGAGGAGGACUUCGCGGACGAGAAGUGAUGAGAUGAGAACUCGAGCCCGACGCGACGAGGCGAGGCUGAUCGUUUUUUAUGUACACGCGUUUGAGACUAAC